AUGUCGGUCUCCGAUCAAUCCACUAUAGCCAUGGAGGCACAGAACGAAAAAGAGAGUCAUCAAAUCCAAUCCCCAGGACCAACAGAAAAGCAGUUGGGUGUCUCAGGCCCAGAGUUAGCAGGGGAGAAUCUCGAAAGAGGCCAUCCCAAGCGUGCGGAUGGCAAGGUCGAACUAACCGAGGAAGACUGUUAUGAUAAACUGGGGUACUGCUUCCCAGUAUGGAAGAAAUGGAUGAUAUUGUUCAUCAUCCUUUUGAUUCAGACCUCGAUGAACCUCAACGCUAGUAUCUAUGCCAAUGGAGCUGACGGCCUCGCCAAGAAAUACACAAUCUCGAAGCAGAAGGCACGGGUCGGCCAGAUGAUCUUCCUCGUAUGCUACGCCUUCGGCUGCGAACUGUGGGCGCCAUGGUCUGAGGAACUAGGCCGCUGGCCGACACAGCAGCUGUCUUUAUUUCUCGUCAAUCUCUGGCAACUACCUGCAGCGCUGGCCCCGAACUUCGGAUCUAUCGUCGUCGCUAGAGCGCUGGCUGGCCUCUCUACGGCAGGAGGCUCAGUCACGUUGGGAGUUAUCGCAGACCUAUACCAACCCGAGGACUCCGGGUUCCAAUAUGCUGUUGCUUUCGUCGUGCUGUCGUCCGUCGGCGGUGCUCCGGUGGGCGCGGUGAUCGGCGGUUUUGUGGGAGAAUUUCUCCCCUUGCCCUGGAUCUUUUGGAUGCAACUCUGCAUCGGCGGCGGCGUUCAACUCAUCCAUUUCUUCCUCGUACCCGAGACCCGCGCAACUAUCCUUUUGGAUCGCGAGGCUAAGAAACGACGCAAGAAUGGUGAGACGAACAUCUUCGGACCGGACGAGCUCAAGAAGCCACGGUUCCCAAUGAAAGAAUUUGUACGCGUCUGGUUGAGACCUUUCCAGAUGUUUGUAACGGAACCGAUUGUGCUCUGCCUCAGCUUGCUCAGUGGGUUCAGUGAUGCAUUGUUGUUUACCUUUUUGGAGGCGUUCACGCCCGUGUUUAAGCAAUGGGGGUUUAAGCCAUAUCAGGUCGGAUUGGCUUUUAUUUCGUCCCUCAUCGGAUACCUGCUUGCAUAUCUCACUUAUCUCCCUGUCAUUCGACAUCAUAACAAGAUCCGCGCCGAUGACCCGAACAAGUUGUCUCCAGAAUCUCGUCUGUGGUGGUUGCUUUUCCUGGCACCUCUCGAAACAGCUGGGCUCUUCGGCUUCGCGUGGACAUCUCUCGGGCCUGACUAUGGCAUCCCCUGGAUCGCGCCUAUGAUCUUCACCGUCCUGAUUGCGAUGGCGAAUUAUGCAAUCUACAAGAGUUCAAUCGACUACAUGAUCGCCGCCUACGGCCCGUACGCCGCUUCCGCAACUGGCGGGAACGAUCUCGCAAGAGACUUCCUUGCGGGCAUUGCUGCCUUGUAUAGCACGCCAUUCUACGAAAACAUCUCCAAGAAAUACACCCUAGAAUAUCCCUCAACGAUCCUGGCGUGUCUGUCCAUCGUGGUCAUCGCCCCCAUCUACGUCUUCUACUGGAAGGGCGAGUGGCUCCGCGAUCGCAGCAGGUUCGCAAAGGAACUCAACCUCGGCAGGCAAGGCGCCGUCGAGAGGCGGAGGAGUACCAUGCUCCUGGACAAGGCUGUCGGAGGGGUGAAGGCCAGGCACGUCGAGCAGGUCUGA